AUGAGCGACUUCGGCUUCGCCCUGUUCCAGCCGGCGGGCGGCGGGGGCGGUGUCGGCGUUUACCGAUGCACUAAGCCGGUGUUGGCGGCGGCCACGUCGUGCCCUUCAGUUUCCUCCACCUCCCGGGCUGCCGCCGGCGCCGCCUCCUCCUCCGCCUCUUUGUUUUUCCCACCAGUCAGCCGGGCUCCACACACCAGCCCUAUUAUGCAGGAUGAUGACCUUCUGAUACCGGACAGGACGACAGGCACCGCCAUCACCACCACCAUCGGCAACAGCAGCAGCAGCAGCUCCGUGUCACUGGCUCUGGCUCCAGUCCUGAACGCCAGCCGCCCAACUUCCACACCUAGGAGCGAUCGGCGGCCGCAACCCAGUCCGGAUUCUCUGACCAAACGCAGUCAUCAGCACCCGGCUCCUGCCCCGCCGCCUCAGCUAACCAACCCCGGAGAGCCGCCGCCGCCCUGCCGCCAGGAGGAGGAGGAGUUGGAGAAGGAAAGGACGGGAGACAGCGACGCGCUCGCCUCCACCGAUGCAUGUACUGCCGCCGCCGCCGCUUCCGUGAACAUUGCAGAGUGCAGCCACCACCCCCAGCAGCAGCCUCACCGAGGACAAGGUCUGAUGGAGGCUACUGGUAACAUGACGGCGGCCGGUGGCGCUGGAGCUGGAGGCGGUGGAAUCGGGAUGUUACCGGGGCUCGGAGCUAGUUUUCAACAACAGCAACAGCUCCACCAACAGCAGGAGUCCGGGCCGGCUGGGAGCAGCAGCGCCGGCGGCAGCAGCAGCAAUGGCUCCUCUCCGUCUCCAGUGGCUGUUCUGGCCGGUUUUGGCACCGCCUGGUCUCCGGCACCCGCCGCCACCGCUGCUGAGAUGAGCACUUCACCGGGAUCGGGUGGCGGUCCUUGCCCGGUGCCCAGCCCCGCCGACGACAGCCUUUUCCACGGCAUCCCGUCCAUCAAUGGCACAGUACUUUUCCAGAAUUUCGCCGCCAACACGGCGGGUGUGGGCCACGGCUACGGCGGCACCUUCUCGCCUUUACCUCAGCAGCAGCAGAACCGACGGUCCCCUGUCGGCCUUCAGCAUCACCACCACCCGCAGCACCAACACCAGGCUGCCUUCCCCCACCAGAGGAGCACCUACAGCCACCACCAGCCCAUAAUGAAACAGUCUCCAUGGAACAGCCAUCAGAGCAGUGGCUGGAGUGCAGGCGUCUCAUGGGGAGGCCUGCAGACAAGAGAUCACCGCAGAACUGGAGGUGUGGGAAUGCCAACGACCAUGAACCAAAUCUCUCCACUGAAGAAACCUUUCUCCAGUAACAUUAUAGCACCGCCCCCACCCAAAUUUCCUCGUUCAGCCCCAACACUGACACCAAAAUCUUGGAUUGAAGACAAUGUUUUCAGGACAGACAACAAUAGCAACACACUGUUACCUUUACAGGAUCGCACUCGUCUGCAUGAUUCCCUCAAUAUGAUUUCACUUGAAAACUCUCUCAUUGAUAUAAUGAGAGCUGAACAAGAUCCCCUGAAAGGUCGUUUAGGAUAUCCCCAUCCAGGAACUGACAAUUUUCUGAUGCUUAAUGCAAGAAGUUAUGGGAGAAGACGAGGCCGUUCCUCAUUGUUCCCUAUAGAAGAUGGUUUUCUUGAUGAUGGACAUGGUGACCAGACUGUCCCUGGUGUUUUGAAUUCUGUUAAUUGCUGCUCAUCUCACCAGAAUGGAGAAAGAAUUGAACGAUACUCACGUAAAGUAUUUGUUGGUGGCCUUCCACCCGACAUCGAUGAAGAUGAAAUUACAGCCAGUUUUCGCCGUUUUGGACCUUUGGUUGUCGACUGGCCACAUAAGGCUGAAAGCAAAUCCUAUUUUCCACCAAAAGGUUAUGCAUUUCUCCUAUUUCAGGAGGAGAGUUCUGUCCAGGCUUUAAUUGAUGCAUGCAUUGAAGAGGAUAGCAAACUCUAUCUUUGUGUCUCAAGUCCUACCAUCAAGGACAAACCGGUCCAGAUUCGGCCAUGGAAUCUAAGUGAUAGCGACUUUGUAAUGGAUGGUUCACAGCCACUUGAUCCUCGCAAAACCAUUUUUGUCGGAGGGGUUCCUCGUCCUCUGAGAGCUGUGGAACUAGCGAUGAUAAUGGAUCGCCUUUAUGGUGGAGUAUGUUAUGCAGGAAUUGAUACUGACCCAGAGCUGAAGUACCCUAAAGGUGCAGGGCGUGUUGCUUUUUCAAAUCAGCAGAGCUAUAUAGCAGCCAUCAGUGCUCGAUUUGUUCAGCUGCAGCAUGGAGAUAUAGAUAAACGGGUGGAAGUUAAGCCAUACGUGCUAGAUGAUCAAAUGUGCGAUGAAUGCCAGGGUGCCCGGUGUGGUGGAAAGUUUGCUCCAUUUUUCUGUGCCAAUGUCACUUGCCUGCAGUAUUACUGUGAAUUUUGUUGGGCAAACAUCCACUCUCGUGCAGGGCGGGAAUUCCAUAAGCCACUGGUGAAGGAAGGAGCUGACCGUCCCCGACAAGUUCACUUCCGCUGGAGCUGAACGUAACAUUCAGGCGCCUGAAGGAUCAUGACGGAUGAGAAAAGGAGAGUGCAUGAGGUUUAAAAAGCAGAAGAAACCAUGACUAGUUAGGAGAAAUAAGUGCAUUCCUCUGCCUCCUACCCCAGCUCAACGCAUACAUCAUAUGUAGCAGCUAAUACACUACAGGCCUCUGUUUGUCACCAAAACCCUGCAUCUCAGGCUUUACUAACUUUUUUGAGGUACUUUCAUGUUUUUGAGAAAAAAAGGAUUUUUUGUAGUUUUUUCAAGUUAUUUUUUUAUAUAAAAUAAACUUAGUGAGAAUGUUGCCACUUAGGGGCGCACAGUUUGCUGCUAUCUUAAAUGGGUGGAGCAUGCACUUAUUUCAGGAAGCUCAGUUUCAUCUCUAAGACCUAUCCCUAGUAAUUUUACCAAAGGUAGCACAUAGUAGGAGGCGAGAUUAGCUAUAGAUGAGUGAUUUCUGCCACACAAAAUUUUAUUUUUUAAUGUUGCUAUUUGCAAUGUAUACACAAACUUAAAAAAAAAAUAGGUUACGUUUUUGCUCUCCAUUUUGACUUGCAAGAAAUAAUACCUCGAGAUUGAUCUGGUUUAACUAUUUUAGCAUUUGUAUUAUUCUUGAGCUACAUUAGGAGCUUUGCUGCUAUAUAGUGUUAUAUUUAAUGCCAGAACUCAAAGUAACAAAAUGGGAUCAGAAACAUAAUUAUAACAGCUGCAUUAAGGAAGAAGUAAAUGCAGGCAGCAAUGGCCUAGACUGCCAGAGUAUAGAAUGUGAAUUUAAACAACUGCAUGUUUACUUGUACACCUAUUGCAUGCAGUAGUAUAUUUAGUAUAUUCAUACAUGUUCUUCACAACAAUGAAUGCAAUGUCAGAUUUGGCAAACAUUCAGAAAAAUUAGUUAGCAUGAAAGAUACAAUAAUAGUUUUUAAAAAAAAAGAGGAAAAAAAACCUAACUUGCAUGUAUAAAUGUGACUCCUGUAACGACAAUGUCCUCCUGCUACACUUUGUGUACAUUAUGCAAACUAGCUUUUAGAGUAGAAGUGCAGCCACUAUCGUGACCUGGUGGGUUGUGGAGUUUGAUUUCUGCAGACUGGAUGUAAUCUCGUAUUUCCUUGUGCAAUCUUGUUAAUAUGUGGAUUUAGUUUUAGUGUUCAGCAAAUUGUUGUCCUAAGUAGAAAUCUAGAAGUAGCUAGCUAGGAAUUUUAAACAAAAUAUUAAAUGGGAAAAAAAUGAAAAGCUUUGAUUUCAUUGCCCCUUUCAUAACACUCUUUGGUAUAAUAGCUCAGACUUCCUCUACAAACCAAAGAUGGUCAGCACACUGCUAAACAAUCACCAAACUGUUAAGGUCCUUUUCCUCCUACCAACCCUCCCACAAAAAUGUAAAAUGGUACUGAUUUUGUCAUAUUAGAAACAUGAUUUAAUAAACCUAACCAUUUUAAAGUCAAAAUGGAGAUGAAUAUGGUAUUAAAUUAACCUGGUUUGGCAUAGAGCAUUGAAUUUCUCUGCAGUUUAAUCACACUAGGUUGGAAAAAAAUGUAUUAGUGAGCUGCAGAAAGUUAUGCGGGUGUCAGUUAUUUAUUUUGAAAAAGGUGAUCAUGCCAUUACAAGCUUUUGCUGUAUAGAACAACCGUAUAUAAUCCUUAGGGACAAUCUUUUUAUGUAAGCAAGGUGUUGGUCUUGAACAUUGGUGGUCUCCUAGUGUGCUUUCGUGUAUGUAGUUUGUCUAACUGCUGUUUAGUGAUUGUGAUGCAACUUUUAAAAAUGUUUGAAGUCUAUGCUGUUUUGAAGAAUAGCUUUUUUACUAAUUUAUUUAUUGGCUAAUGCUCCCAUUUGUUACUUACCAUGGUUCUCCAGGCUAUUUGGAGUAUUUGUUCUCUGCCAAAUUUGUUCCCUUUUCAGACAUCCAUAUUGGCAUUUGUUAUGCACUACUUUUGUAUCUUGGUGAGAAUUUUUUCCAACAGUCGGCUGUUUUAGGGCACACUUUUUGACUGAUGGCAUCUCCUUUGCAAUACCUCAAUUUUUCUGAAUUUAGAAGAGAAAUCAAUAGUUUUGCUAUGUUUAUUAUCAAAAGAUCUGCAUAUAUAAUUUAACUCAGCAAAUAAAUGAUUUAACAAAUUGAUAAUUUUAUUUUUCCAUACAUUCUACUUCCUAAAUUUGGAAGGGUCUAAACAUUUGUAAACUAAUGUGGUAACCUUAGGAGGGCUCUGCAGAAAGUAAGUGCAGUAAUUUGAAAUAUCCCCAGCUCCUGAAAAAUAACUAAAGGCAUAAUCACCCAUGUAUUUUGUUAAAUUAAUUUAAUUUAAAUAUUAAGUGAAUCCUUUUUAAGGGUGGGGUGGUGGUAGAAUGAUUUUUGUUUCAUCUGCUGUCAUUUCUUUCCCGUGACACUGUAGCACCUGAAUUAUUCAGCAUUGCCAUGAAGAAAAUGGUAAACACUGUAAUGCAUCUUUUUUAAAGAAAUCAUAUUUAUUUCACUAUUUUUGUAGAAAUGUAAUUAUUUUGUUUUGAUUGUAUUAUUUUUAUAUUCUAAUAAGCUUGUUCACAUACUGUGUUCCCCGAAUGUAUGUAUUUCUGCCCAGAUGCAGGGCUCUGCAGAGAAAUUAAUUUUUUAAAAUCAUGCUGUGUUUUGCAAAGAAAACAUAAGCAAAUAUAUUUUAUGGGAAACACUUGACAUUUUAACCCCUGUUGCAUCUGGCCAAGCGAGGCCUUUCCUCAAAGAUGCUGAAAGACUUGAAUAUAACACAUUUUGGAAGGCUGAUUAACCUCGACUCUGUGUUGUGAUGUGCAAUACUGUUUCUAAUGUUUGUAAGAAAAGAAAAAGAAUAACAGUGUAAACCUUUUAAUGCAGAUUUAUUUUUUUCAUUGCAUAUUUGCAGACUAGUUAUCCACAAUGUCAUUUUUUUACUGUCAGGAAUUUUACCCCUUUGUCAUGCUAAUAUUUUUAAAUCCAGAGAUCUUUGUACUGAUGUAAAUGAUUGUAGUUAUUUUGGAUAGUGUUUUGCUAAAAAAAAAGAAAAAAAAGGAGAUACUUUUCAUGCAUAUUUGCCUAUUUUGUUUUAUUUUACUUUAAAAAUAUGACUACUUUUUCAAUGGUAGCAUGAUACUUGGAAUGAUUUUCUUAUUCAGCCAGUGUCAUUAAUAUUAUUUUGUAUUUUUAUGUGGAAAAUAUAAUUUUAUGAUGCUAAUUCCUAAAGUUUAUUUUAUGUUGAAUUAUUUUUGGAGCUAAAUCUUUGUAAUAUUGUUAAAGUAUCUAGAUUCUAAUUAAAUGCUUGUGUAUAGAUUCAGAGCAGUGGUUUACAGGAGUGUUUAGGUUGUAAUUAGCAACUAAUGGUUCUUUGAUAUGCAAAUUAGACAGCCAUCAACUUCUGCCAUUUCUGUUCCUUUUUGUACUUUAUAGGGAAAGUUGAUUAGUAAUUUUUGUUUGGUUUUUAAAUAAAGGAGAACCCAUGCUUUUUGGACACAAGAUCACCUCAAGCUUGAUUUAAUUUUACUUUCAACUUUUAUGUUUCUUUUGCAUACUUCUGUUGAUGUCUAAUUCCUCCAGUCUGUCUGUUGUACUGGUGAUAAUUCUGUACUGGAAUGGUUUGCUGCCAACUAUUUAUAUUAAGUCAUUUUUAAAUAUUUGUAAUAUUAACUGUUGACUGAAUUAAUAAACCAUUAAACUAUUUGCAUGUUUGCUCUAUGCUAAAAAUG